AUGGCCCAGAACAACCACGAAGGCCCGGAGCUUUAUGAGUCCGGUCUUCCUGCGCAAGAUGCUCCCGCGUCCUCGUGGGACUACUUCGCUCGUCCCACAGAACAUUUCCCUCAGUCCCUGCCCAACGAUGCACUCUAUGGGAGAGCCUACAUCGACGACUAUACGCCCCAUAGGGUCGUUCAAGAGAACACCGCGCCAAUUCCGGGCCGCGAGACGAUUGACGAGGACCCUUUCAAGAUGCGCUUCCACCUCUCUCCCGGGGCCGGAGCGCAGGAUUGGCCUGGAACAAUUUCUGGCUUGCAUGGCGACGUUGAGUUCCUGCAGGUCACGCAGAUCGUCGGGGCGCUGCCUGAGCCCCCUCGUGGAUAUGUCUCAAACCUUGCCGGUCCUUCUUCUCACCCUCCUAGCCAACCGGCCGUCCACGACACCGCACGCGAACCAACCGCACUCAUGCGUACGCGUACGAAGGGUCGUGCCGCUCUCACUGGGCCGUCAUAUUUCGUGCCAAUCGCUCCGAGAGAGGCGACAGUCCAGGCCGAAGCUCCCGCUGCGACACAGUUGCGGAGGAGCAGCCGGAAGCGGGCCUCCCCAACCACGAGCUACGCCGAGAGCGCCACGCUUCCCCUACCCCCUCCGAAGAAGCGAAAGGGCUCAAACGGCAAGGCUUCUGUAACGCGGCGACAUGAUGCUUCCGCAGUCUCAUACCCCACGGAACAGGAGGGUCCAGUCGCGGGGCCGUCUCGUCAGGCCGCAGGAGUGCACGUAGCGUCGCCUCAAGCUGGUGCGGCGCUUUCAGCGAGGAAGGCGCGCCCUGAAAAGGCAUCUCCGAAGAACUUGCGCACCAAGCCGAAGAGGGCGCGACGUACCCGCGAGGAGGUCAACAAGUACAAGGUGACCGGUAUGCUGUCGCAAGCCUGCGACGUCGAAGGCUGUGAGGAGGAGUGGAAUCCCUACACGCACGACGAGAACCGCACCCAUCUCGAGGAGCACUUCGACGUCGGGGAUUUGAAGAGCUCUGCGGAUCUGGUAUGCGUCUUUGAUGCGUGUCAGGAGGUCGUCCCGGGGAAGGGGCUGCUGAAGCAUAUGGAGGAGAAUCACCUCGGCCGCCCAUACCUGUGCCCAAUCGGGUGUGGCUGGCAGUCGUCUCGUUCGAGUUGGCAGACGCAGCAUAUGAGAGAGUCUCACAGGGGGGUUCACUGGGUGCCGUGA